AUGCCGAAGACGCGGCCUGCGACUUCGGGCUACGCCCGGCUCGCUCAGGCCGAAGAGGAACGAGGCUAUCUUCAUGAUGACUCGGAGGAUGAUGAAAUUGCCGCAGUCUCAACAGUGUCUACCUCCGCGCCCCGAUACGCCCCCAUCUCCUCCCGAGCCCAGAUGCAGGCGUCCGGUCUCCACACAUCCUCCGGCCAUCGGCGCAGACACAGUGGUUUUCAGUAUCCGCAGGGACGUCGGAAUUCCGGAGUAGAUAUCAAAGCCAUCAAUGCGCGUCUCGAAAAAUGGGCAGAUGAGAUAGCCGCAAAGUUCAAGAUCAACCGAGUCAAGGGCAAGAGCUAUGAGGAAGAAAAACUCGAGAUUUACCAUUCAGUCUUCCAGGCUCCACCUGGUGUCAAUCCAGUGAGCGCUGAAGCUCUCGAAUCCGAAGAGUUUGAAGGCGAGCAACGGCGGGCCCGCGCCGAGUAUGAGGAGAUCGUCGAAAGUGUGCGCCUCGCAAUUGAAAUGGACAUACAUCCUCGUAUGAUCUCACAAGGAAGCUCGGGCAGCUAUUUUGCUCGAAAUCCCGAAGGGAAAGUGGUGGGUGUCUUCAAGCCAAAGGACGAAGAGCCGUACGCCUCACGGAAUCCAAAAUGGACCAAAUGGAUCCAUCGCAACUUGUUCCCUUGUUUCUUCGGUCGCGCCUGCCUAAUUCCAAACCUCUCCUAUGUCUCAGAAGCCGCGGCGUACGUUCUUGAUGCACGCCUGCGCACGAACCUGGUCCCCUACACCGGCAUUGUGCGACUAUCCUCCAGAUCGUUCUUCUACGAUUUCUGGGACCGGAGAAAGGCAUGGAAAGGCAAAAAGACGCUGCCUCCCAAGGCUGGCAGUUUUCAGGUCUUCCUCAAAGGUUUCAAAGACGCCAAUAUCUUCCUUCGCGAGCAUCCUUGGCCCGACCAGGUAAAUACCGGGUUCCGCGCCGAGGAUGCACCGAAACGCAAAAGGCGUCCAUGGAAUGAGGCUUGUCGGCCUUCAGGGGCGCAAUCAGACGAUGAGGAUGAUGAAGACCCAGGCUAUGUACCUUCACCAUCCGGUUCGCACGAAAGUGCUGAGCGUCGAUUUUACUGGACGGAGAAUUUGAAGCAAUCAUUCCGCGAGGAGUUAGAGAAGCUUGUGAUUCUGGAUUAUAUCAUGCGAAAUACCGACCGAGGUCUGGACAACUGGAUGGUCAAGAUUGACUGGGGGACAGAGCAAGUUUCCAUCGUUGCCGAGCCUCCCAAAAACACCGAGCCACAGCCGAAACAUGAUGAGGACGAUCUGAUGCCUCCCCCCGUCCUGUUUCUGUGA